AAACAUAACGAUCUUCUCCUGUGAAUGAACUCUUAAACCUGAAGGAAUCUCACAAGGAGACUCACGAGCACGAGCGCGAGAGACAGUGCAGCAAGCCACCUUCGCCUUCGCCCCGCGCGCUGCAGCUCCAAAUCGACCCCACGACCAGCUCGAGAAAGCAAUUGGGGAUCCCGAGGGCGCAGAGGAAGGAUCGCCGCGAUGGAUCCGGCCGGCGUCAACGGCGGCGUGUGGAUCCGCGCGGCGGUGGCCGUCGCGGCGGGCGGCGCGAUCGCGGCGCGCGCGGUCCGGCGCAAGUCCGUCGACUUCACCGCCGUCUUCGCGGGCGUCCCGGCCAUGGUGGCCCACACCGGCGCCGGGUACAGGUUCGCGGGGCUGCUCCUGGUGUUCUUCUUCACGGCGUCGAGGGUGACGAGGACCGGCGAGGCGAGGAAGCGUGCGCUUGAUCCUGAGUUCAAAGAGGGGGGGCAGCGCAACUGGAAGCAAGUCUUGUCAAACAGUGGUAUCGCAAGUAUCUUGGUAGUCCUGAUAGCACUAAUUACUGGAGGUGAAGACAAAUGCUUGGAUUCAAAAGAGUCGGGUCUUGUAACUGCCCUUAUUGGUGGUGUUAUUGGACAUUACUCUUGCUGCAAUGGUGAUACAUGGUCUUCUGAGCUUGGCAUACUUAGCAAAUCUGAACCACGAAUUAUCACAACAUUCAAGAGGGUGCGGAAGGGGACCAAUGGCGGGGUAACCAUAGAUGGACUUCUUGCAGCAGCAGCAGCUGGAUGCUCGAUUGGGCUUGCAUUUGUGCUACUAGGAUUCUUAACAACCCAGUGUGCUUCUGAUGUAUUUUGGAGGCAACUGCUAGUUAUACCCUUAGCUACAGCUGCUGGCCUAUGUGGAAGCCUGAUCGAUUCAUUACUGGGCGCAACAGUUCAGUACAGCGGAUACUGUCGCGUUCGCAAGAAGGUGGUUGGAGUAGAUGGUCCAACAGUAACGAGGAUUUCUGGAAUGAAUAUACUGGACAACAACGGCGUCAAUGUAGUGUCUAUCUUCUUGACGAGUCUGCUUACUGCCUUGGUGUGCACAUGCAUUUUCUGAGGUCUAUUUGGCUUGUAGUGGUAGCACGACAUUACAGAGGAUAACUAGGAAGGAACACGAUUGGUAAAUUAGAGCACGUAAUCUCGAAUAGUGGUGUCGUUCAUUUAUUUACGAUCGGUGAUAUUGGGGGUUGUUGAUUUAGCAUUAGUGUGUUUCACACCAAGUAUAGACAUCUAAUGUAAAAAUUCAGUUGUAGUUAUCCCAUUCAGAUGUAACACCGAAUAUUCGGAAAGAGGAAUGGUUCUACCAGAAUAUUGUUUCGCCGAAACUAUUUAUUUGUAUAGGCCAUUUGAUCAGUUUAUCUUAUGGAGCUUAUAAGAUCACCUCCUCAAUUAA